AUGGACUCUCUAGCCAUAGCAACACCACAAUUUGUGCUUUGUCUUUUCAAAGAGCUGGAUAAAACAAAUAAUGGCAACAUCUUCUUUUCCCCUCUGGGCAUCUCAACUGCCAUUGGCAUGAUCCUCCUAGGGACCCGAGGAGCCACAUCCUCUGAGUUACAGAAGGCACUUUAUUCUGAAAAAGGCACAGAACACUCCAGAAUAAAGUCUGAAGAAAAAGAGACUGAGAAGACAGAAGAAAUACAUCAUCAAUUCCAAAAACUCUUGACUGAAAUAAGCAAAUUCCAGAAUGGUUAUGAACUGAAUAUAAACAACAGGCUGUUUGGAGAAAAAACAUACCUUUUCCUUCAAAAAUAUAUAGAUUAUGUUGAAAAAUAUUAUCAUGCAUCUCUGGAGCCUGUUGACUUUAUAAAUGCUGCAGAUGAAAGUCGAAAGAAGAUUAAUUCCUGGGUUGAAAGACAAACACAUGAAAGAGUGAAGAACCUGUUUCCAGAAGGCUCUAUUAGCAGCUCCACUAAGCUGGUGCUCAUAAACACAGUUUAUUUUAAAGGCCUGUGGGACAAGGCAUUUAAGAAAGAAAAUACCCAGGAGGAGGACUUUUGGCUGAAUAAGAACACAAGUAAACCUGUGCAGAUGAUGGCCCAGCGCAGCAAGUUCAGCUUCACCCUCUUAGAGGACCUGCAGGCCAAGAUUGUGGGGAUUCCGUAUAAAAACAAUGAUCUCAGCAUGUUUGUGCUUCUGCCCAAUGACAUAGAUGGUCUGGAAAAGAUAAUCGAUAAAAUAUCUCCUGAGAAGUUGGUCGAGUGGACCAACCCUGGACACCUGGAGCGAAGGAGGGUGGACCUGCGCCUGCCCCGCUUCCAAGUGGAGGAGAGCUAUGACCUGGAACACAUCCUGGGGUCUAUGGGCCUGAGCAGGGCCUUCAGCGAGCGCGCAGAUUACUCGGGAAUGGCUGCCCGCUCUGGGCUGCACGCCCAGAACUUCCUGCACAGAUCCUUCAUGGUGGUGACCGAGGAAGGCGUAGAGGCCACUGCAGGAACCGGUGUGAGCUUGAAGGUCUCAUCAGCUGCAGCCUGCGAACUUGUGCACUGUAACCAUCCGUUCUUGUUCUUCAUCAGGCAUAGCGAGUCCGACAGCAUCCUUUUUUUCGGCAGGUUUUCUUCUCCCUGA